GUACAGAGCCUCGAAAUGGAAUGGAUUAGAGAAGUUGUUACUUUCAACCACUUCCUGGAAGAAGCAGCAGAAAAAGAAGUGCGGGGAAAAGCCAGGCUCCAGCACUUCAUUGAGAACCUGUUGCAGCGCGUGGAUCUGGCAGAAAGGCAGCUAGAAUAUUACCAAAAUCAGCAGAUGGUCUGCAACCACACCGACGUCAGCGAGCAUGUGUUUACAGACAUUUCAUUAAAUAAGAAACCCAGAUGCCUGAGCCGAGGAAGUCAACAUGCUUCAUACAACAUCCCUGAUGCAAAGCCUCAUUCCUUUCAAAAAGGAAGAAUCCUGUUGAAAAAAGCAAAGGAUGAAAAAACCAGCUUGCAGCCAGUGAAAUGCUUCUAUGAACCUGUUGAUUGCUCAAGAGAGAUGUGGAGAGCACAAAAGAAAGGUGAACCAGUCUGCUCUGCCAGGAAAGUGAGUGCAAAAUCAAAGAUGGGCAAAAAGGCCAAACCGCUAUAGGAAUGGUUUGCAAUAUAUAGUAAUGCAGGAGCUUGGCUUCAACAGAACAAAUAUUGAAUGAAGUUAGUCAUCCUACUUUUUCCUAUCCAUCUGGCCAUGCCAAAAUGUAUCAGAUAUAAUAUAUAGAAAUAUAUACAGUAUGGAAGAUUUAUAUUAUUUAGUAAUGCCAUUCCCUCUUUGGGCACUGUAAGAGAAGUGACAUUUUACUCAGUUUACAUGGAGGUUUUUCUAUUUAUUAAUUUAUUUAUUUAUAGAGCUUAUUUUAAAUGACUGCAGUUAUCUUGCUGGACAGUACUGUGGCUGUAUAUUUAAUUAUUUUAGUGGCAGCAUGUGGCUUGGUAAUUUCUUUUCCAUCUGUGCUGUUGCAAAUUCAGAAGAAUCCAUUUAAUCGGCACCUAAAUACUCAGUCUUUCAGCUUAGGUAGGUAUAAGAUCAAUGAUACCUGUUACCUGCACAGACAUAGAUAGAUGCAAAAGGUCUACUUGAGAUGUUUGAAGGUUGUUUACAGCAGUAGAUUGCUACACUGGAUUUUCUGCCAUAAGCCCAGCUGGAUGCAUUUCCAUAUUUUAUUACAUACAUUAAACUGCUUGAUUGUGCCAGCAGCCAUGUUUUCUAUUGGUACAAGUUUGGGCUGCUUUGGUGUCUCAAGCACAGCUUUCAAAUUCCAGAAGCUUUAUGGCUUUGCCUCUGGUGUCACUUAGCAAGGAGACCUGAAGGUGGUCCAGCAGACCUGACAAGCACGGGCUGCACUGAGCCAGAGGAGAAAUUUCAGUACCAAGUGCCAGAGCAGGGUGUCAGCUUGGCACAGUGAGGGAAAGGCUAAAGCAGCACGGUGUGUUGCACGGCACAGUGUGCAAUGCCCGUGCUUGCUUUUGGGCAGGAGAGGCCAAAAAUGGCUGUGAUCAUAACCAAAAUCCUGCACGGUUUUAUCUCUGAAGAAUCUUUACAGAGCCGAGAGAUCCCUAAAUUUCAGCUGAAAACCCAAGAGCAAGGAAGUUAGAAAUGACUGCAGGACAGGAAUGUGCGUGUUUACAUUGGUUUGUGCCAAUUAAAAGGAUCCUUAUUUAUCAGAGUAUUUAUCAAGAUGAUUUUUUGUGUGUACAGUUUUUUGGUAACAUGAAUCCUCAUGCCAUGUUUACAGAUAUGAACAUCUUGUCAAUGUUACUGAGGAGACUUGUUUUCUCAAAAAAAAAGAAAGGAUAGGUGAGACAAGUCUGUGUAAUUUAUUUUUUAAAUGCUUAUAACAGAUGUAAAUUGUUUAUGUGGAAGGUGAUUUUUACAGUACAUGUACAAAGAUUUGUGAAAAAUGUUUUUCAUUUUUUAUAACUAUGACCGUAAGCAGAAUUGAGUAUUAAAAGACAGUGUAUCACUAUGAUUACUGCUGCAAUAAGCACCUGAGUUGCAAUAUUUUUAAAGCAGAUGACCAAUCAGUCAGCCAGAAUCAGGUAACUACAGAUGUCAUACAUUUGUCAGUGUACAGAGCUCCCAGAAAGUAGCAGAGUGAAGAAAGAGAGUAUUAUUCCUCACUUUUAUUUUAAAUAGUGUAUAUGGAACAAUCAGAUAUAUGUUUAAAGUUUAUCAACACUGUUUCAGUAGAAAGUCACAGUGUAAAACCAAUUCAGGUAUUUAGGUUGUAAUGACAUUUUAAUAUUUAUUUAUGUCACAGGGCCACAUUUGGCCUUAGGCUAGGCAUUGUGUAUGGUGAAAAGGAGUUGUUAAAUUGUGUUGCAUGGGUCAGAUCGUGUGUUACAACAACUUUCUUAGGCAAGCCAAAAAAUAGAAACAUCCUUGAGUUUUUUCUAUUGCUUCCUACAUCCUUUUACAAACCUGAAAAAAAUUACCCUUUUUGAAGAUAAUAAAGGUGAACUUUAGAAAGAUAAUAAAGUAAAAUAUAUUCAUCCGAUCCUUUAUCCACUUGACACUGAAAGACUAUUUUUAUUUUUAAAUGCCUAUCUACUCUGUUAGUCACCAAAGUUAAGUGCAACCACUAGUUCACAAAUGAGAUGUUUAUUUUAUUAUUUAUCGCACCAAAACCUUGACUCAAGUUGUCCUUUUGGGGGAGGAAGAGAUAAAGAGAGUAAAAGAAGUUGCAUGUUCUUAAACUUUUCCAAGCCUCAGUUACAGUUACUUGCUGAACAAAUGCCAGGUUAGUUAAUUAAAAAGAAAUUGGAUUGUACUGUAACCCCAGAUAAAAGUUUUUAGAAUAUAAACAUUCUAAUAAUAAAGAUAUAUUUCUCAGUUA